UCGAUAAGUCAAGUCACCUGGCUCGGCUGUCAUUACGCAAAAAAUUAGGUUUUUCCUGUGAGGCCUGCGAAUAUUUUCAUCAUUUUUAUUUUUCGGUAUACUACGCUAACAAUGGUUGACCCCGAUGUUCACCCGGAAUACAAACAGCUGCAAAUAGGGGAUGAAUAUAAUGAAAAUAGCCAUGUAUUCUAUAGAAGCACCCCGCGGAACAUGUCGCCCAGCAUUGAAAGAGAUGAAAAUUACACCAAGCCAAGUCAUCACAUAAGCCGUUCACGUUCCCGUCGACUAACAACAAAUAGUGUUAAUGCAGAUAUAAAUCAUCAAACUGAUCGGUAUGCUUGUAGUUCUGAAUCUGAAAAAUCUCCAUAUGAUCUGAACGCACAGACAUCGUCGCCGAUAAGUGGACAAUCAGAUGUAAAAAGUGCCACCUUGAGCUCGAGCACAAGAUCUAUUUUCAGAUUCGGAAGCUCUGGCUCCGAGUCAAAAUCCUCAAGUUCAACAUCACCAUCUUCGUCAUCGUCGAAGUCAACUUUGACACCAAAUGAACAAAAUGUAGAAACGAAUGUCAGGGACACUUUGCCCUUGAUGCAAGGUUAUCCAGGACCGAAAUCUAUUAACUGCAGCAACCCGAACUCUUUUUUCAUUAUCUCCAAUGAAACAAUACGUUCGACAAGUCAGAUUGGCGGCAUUCCGAGCUCUAUGGGAGAAAGGGAUGACCAGGGUAGUAUCGAUUCUGAACUAAUCCAUAGCCUCAGGGAAUCAACUUCACUAAUUGAACUCAAAGACAAUUCCAAUGCGAUCAUUGACGAAGAUCAUAAUCAAGAAUGUAAUGUAUUGGGGAACGUAUUGCCUACGGGUCCCGUUUCUUGUUCCCACUUUGAUUGCCAACCCAAAGAAAGUAUCCCAGCUCUUACGUCCCAGGACGAGUUGCCUACACAAAUUUACAGACGAAGCUUGACACCAAGGUCGAAAGAAGUAGCAAAUGGAGCAAGUAAUGAAAAGGAACUAGAACUCCGCUCGAUGCAAUAUUCUUCAUCGAUGAUGAUAGAAAAUCAGCAAUAUGGAGAAAAUAAUGACAUCGAAAAUGAUUUGCGCCCAUUUCAACAUUCAUUAGUUUUACCGUCACCAUCCAAAAGUAUGACUGAGAUCUUAAAUCCCAAGGUCAUUUUUACGCCUAGAAAAGGGCCUUUCAGUCCCAGCUCUAACGAAUGCCCAAACUCGAAUUCAGAGUAUAAAUCAAAUGGAGGCAAUUAUAGCCAGGAGAAAACUUUGUCCGCAUUGCGAUAUAGUACGGAUCCAAUGGGAUCCAAUGACGCGGUGUAUGCCUCUUCUGAUAGUCUCGAUGUUGUUUCCGAUUUCGAUGAUAAUCCAGAGAAUCAGCAGCCUGGUGGAAAAGUAAAUGCUGAUAACAAGUCGCCCGAGAAGGAGUUGUUCUCCAACAGUAGAAUGCAAGUUUCGCAAGUUCUAGAUAUAUCCCAUUCUGUAGAAGGCGAACAACGUAAAAUGUUUGGAAAAGAGGUAGCAGUUAAGUUUCAGUCCAGCAUACCAACUGAUAAUUGUGAACUUCUUAAAGGCCCAACUCAUUUUCUGAAGAUGCCUUCUUUCAUACCCGUGGAAUCCAGGGCAUACGUGCCUCAAACCUUUGAGAAUCGCAUGACUAAAGACGAUUUAAAGGACGAACAGGCGCGCGAGGAUUUCAUAAAUCGUCUAAAGGCAACUGUUAGGUGGCGAGAGGACGAAAACAAAAUCAAGGAGUCUAAUUCGAAAAUUGUUCGCUGGUCCGAUGGCAGCGAGACUUUCCAUGUGGGCGAUGAGGUGUUCGAUGUAAUGCAUCACCCGGUGACCGAUAACCAGAACCAUUUGUAUGUUCGCCUGGCCAGCUGCUACCAGCCUCAGGGAUCGAUCAAGGAUAAGAUGACGCUGCGUCCCAUGCUGGACUCCAGUUUCGGGCAGAGUCAUGUCCAGGGCUUGCGUAAUCGAACCACCAACAAGCCACAAACGGGGUGCGUCAAGGUGAUAAUGGACAUGGGCUCCAAUCCCGAGCAGGAUCAAGAGCGGCUCAUGAAGCAGGAGCUGGCGAAGCUUCGCCAGGAGGAGCGUGGAAACCGGCGUGAGAUGAUCAAGAAUCGGCAUUUGAAACGUGGCAAGCCCAACCAAGGCUCAGAUCGCAGUGUGGCUAAAAAGUCAGGGACUUUCCAAGAGGACGAUUCAGUGGAAGGCGAGGCAAACUCUGAGGACGAGGAUAUGGAUGAAGCAACGGGCGCAGAGGAAGCUUCCGAUGAUUACAUGGACGAUGGACCUUCUUGCAGCACACCGAAGUCCAAGGAGGGAAAGCAAUAUUUUUCCGAAGACGGUUUUCCGAUCGGAGGUGCUAUCCGCAAGGCCAGGCGGUUGGUCUAUUCCGAUUUAAGCUCGGACUAAAUAUUAAAUAGCCGCUGGAUACGAAUCUGAAUAAACAUAAGGCAUUAGCCAGCCCACAGCAAAGA